ACUUCACCUUUUGCAUGUACGCCACGCAUAACCUUAGUUUGCGUCUCCUUUUUUGCUUCCAUCAUUUCCCACUACUAUUCUUUUAUAAGCAGCUAGCUGUGAGCUCAAUUUGUGAUCGGUUUAAGCAGCUUUUUUGGUAAUUGAAUAUUUGAAGAGUUUGGUGAAGAGAUCAUGGACAUGGAUGCAAUGGCAACUGAGGCUCCGUAUGCUCCAGUCACUUAUGAGAGAAGAGUCCGCACUGACUUGGAAGACAAACUUCCCAAGCCUUAUAUGCCAAGAGCACUGGAAGCUCCGGAUACGAACCAUCCGAAUGGAACACUAGGGCACAAUCAUUGCAACCUGAGUGUUCUUCAGCAGCAUGUAGCCUUUUUUGACCAAGAUGAAAAUGGGAUCAUAUACCCUUGGGAGACUUAUACAGGACUAAGAGCAAUUGGUUUCAAUAUGAUAGUCUCUGUGAUAUUGGCCUUUUUCAUCAACUUGGGUCUGAGUUAUCCUACUCUCCCGGGGUGGAUCCCAUCUCCUUUCUUACCCAUAUACAUACACAACAUACACAAAGCCAAGCACGGCAGCGACUCGGGAACUUACGACACUGAAGGAAGGUACAUGCCUGUAAAUCUCGAAAACGCAUUUAGCAAAUAUUCUCGGACAGCGCCUGAUAAGUUAACAUUGAGAGAGCUCUGGAACAUGACUGAGGGAAACCGAGUAACAAUGGACUUCUUCGGCUGGAUUGCCAGUAAAGGGGAAUGGUUUGUUUUGUACAUUUUGGCAAGGGACGAGGAAGGUUUCCUUUCAAAAGAGGCAGUGAGGCGCUGUUUUGAUGGAAGUUUGUUCGAGUACUUCGCGAAACUGAAUGCAGGCUCUACAGCUAAGAUGAGUUAAAGAGGUUAUGUUGGUGAAU